AGGUGCUCUUUUUAUAAGCGAAUUUGGGUUGUCUUUUAAUCAGCUUUGCCUAUUUUUUCCGCGUGAUCUGGCAACAUUGAGUUUCUGGCCUUUCGAGUCAACAACAGCUUCCCGAGUUCAGUUUCAAACACGCAGCUGGACAAAAAUGCUGGUCCUCGUGUUAGGUGACCUUCACAUUCCCCACCGAUGCAACACCCUACCUGCCAAAUUUAAGAAGUUGCUAGUGCCUGGCAAGAUUCAGCACAUCCUCUGCACAGGAAACCUUUGUACAAAGGAGAGCUACGACUACCUGAAAACACUCGCUGGAGAUGUGCACAUUGUCAGAGGAGACUUUGAUGAGAACUUGAAUUAUCCAGAGCAGAAGGUGGUGACAGUGGGGCAGUUCAAAAUCGGCCUUAUCCAUGGACACCAAGUGAUCCCGUGGGGUGACAUGGCGAGCUUGGCGCUGCUUCAAAGGCAGCUGGAUGUAGAUAUCCUUAUUUCUGGUCACACACACAAAUUUGAGGCUUUCGAGAAUGAGAAUAAAUUUUAUAUUAACCCCGGAUCUGCCACAGGGGCCUAUAGCGCACUGGAAAGCAACAUCACACCAUCGUUUGUUUUGAUGGACAUUCAGGCAUCUACAGUGGUUACGUAUGUCUAUCAGCUCAUUGGAGAUGACGUCAAAGUCGAGAGAAUCGAAUACAAAAAGUCUUAAAGAUCACGGAUACUGUCAGCUGCCUUCUUUCAGGAUUCUAAUCUUGUCAUUCCCUCUCACCUGAACGUCACAAAUGCUGUAUCAUAAUGUUACGCUGUAUUUUAAUGUAAUAUAUAAUACUGUUUAUAUGUCACCAGAAUGUCAGCAUUGUGGUUCAGCAGAUUGUUGUUAAGGAUGCAAUCAUGCUGCAUUAUUUGCAUAAUGUUAGUGUGAAUUAGUCUUCUAAAUAUGUUAUGUGCCCUACAAAUUUUUCAAGGCCCAUGUUAAGUCAUCUUUCAUAAAAUAAAACCCCACAUCACAUGA